UGAAGUAGGAGAAGCCCAAAGUGUUGCCAUUGUUGCACAGUAGUAGUAGCUAGAUCACAGAAGCUCAGUCUCAGAGCUUCUUUAUCUCACUCCGUUCCCCACACCACACACACAUUUCGCCACUCUGAGCUCCGCUUUCAAAAUUUUCAAUCCACAUAGUUUGAAAGAGAGAGAGAAAGAGAGAAGAUAUGGAAACUCACUCGGUUUCCAAGCUACUGAUCUUGCUUUUAAUGGUCUUGUAUCAUGGUUCUGAGCUGACACAAUGCAGUGUCACCUACGAUAAGAAGGCUAUUCUCAUCAAUGGCCAAAGAAGAAUUCUCAUCUCUGGUUCCAUUCACUAUCCCAGAAGCACUCCUGAAAUGUGGGAAGACCUUAUUCAGAAGGCUAAAGAUGGAGGCUUGGAUGUCAUAGACACUUAUGUGUUUUGGAAUGUUCAUGAACCUUCUCCUGGCAAUUAUAAUUUUGAGGGCAGGAAUGAUCUGGUACGGUUCAUUAAGACAGUGCAGAAAGUAGGGCUCUAUGCUCAUCUCCGCAUUGGACCUUAUGUUUGUGCAGAAUGGAAUUUUGGGGGAUUCCCUGUUUGGUUGAAGUAUGUUCCUGGUAUGAGCUUCAGAACAGAUAAUGAGCCUUUCAAGACGGCAAUGCAAGGGUUCACCCAGAAGAUUGUCCAGAUGAUGAAGAAUGAAAGGCUAUUUGCUUCGCAAGGCGGUCCCAUUAUCCUUUCUCAGAUUGAGAACGAGUAUGGGCCUGAAAGCAAGGCACUUGGAGCUGCUGGCCAUGCGUAUAUAAAUUGGGCGGCAAAGAUGGCUGUUGGAUUGAAUACAGGAGUCCCAUGGGUGAUGUGCAAGGAAGACGAUGCCCCAGACCCUGUGAUAAAUGCGUGUAACGGUUUUUACUGUGAUGCUUUCUCUCCCAAUAAAGGUUACAAACCUACCAUGUGGACUGAGGCUUGGAGUGGCUGGUUCACAGAGUUUGGUGGCACAAUUCACCAACGACCAGUUCAAGAUUUGGCAUUUGGUGUUGCUCGUUUCAUACAAAAGGGUGGCUCAUACAUAAACUACUACAUGUAUCACGGAGGAACAAACUUUGGACGCACUGCUGGAGGUCCAUUCAUUACAACAAGUUAUGACUAUGAUGCCCCAAUUGAUGAGUAUGGUUUGAUCAGGCAACCAAAAUAUGGUCAUUUGAAGGAGCUUCAUCGAGCUAUUAAGCUAUGUGAACAGGCUUUAGUUUCUUCAGAUCCUGUUGUUACUUCUUUAGGAACCUAUCAGCAGGCUCAUGUAUUCUCUUCAGGGAGAGGACGGUGUGCAGCUUUUCUUGCAAACUACCACACAACUUCUGCUGCUAGGAUACUAUUCAAUAACAUGCAUUACGAUUUGCCUCCUUGGUCAAUUAGCAUCCUUCCUGACUGCAGAAACGCUGUAUUUAAUACUGCAAGGGUGGGAGUUCAAACUUCACAGAUGCAAAUGUUGCCUACCGAUUCUGAAUUGCUCUCAUGGGAGACUUAUGGUGAAGAUAUUUCUUCUCUAGUGGACCAGUCAUCAAUGACAACUGUUGGACUCUUGGAGCAAGUAAAUGUUACCAGAGACUCGAGUGACUAUCUAUGGUACAUAACCAGUGUUGACGUUAAUCCGUCAGAAUCAUUUCUGCGAGGACAAAAGCCCACUCUUAGCGUGCAGUCAGCUGGGCAUGCUGUUCACGUAUUCAUCAAUGGGCAAUAUUCAGGGUCGACCUUUGGGACCAGGGAGCAGAGGCAAUUCACAUUUACUGGAUCCGUCAACCUGCAUGCUGGAACAAAUAAAAUUGCACUACUCAGUAUAGCUGUGGGAUUACCGAAUGUCGGAUUCCAUUAUGAGACAUGGAAAACAGGAAUCCUUGGUCCAGUGUUGCUACAUGGUCUUGACAAGGGGCAAAGAGACUUAUCAUGGCAGAAAUGGUCCUACCAGGUUGGCCUAAAAGGAGAGGCAAUGAAUUUGGUCUCUCCUAAUGGAGCCUCGUCUGUUGAUUGGAUCCGAGGAUCACUAGCUACGCAAAGCCAUCAGCCUCUGACAUGGUAUAAGGCUUAUAUCAAUGCACCUAAAGGAAAUGAGCCACUGGCUUUAGACAUGCGGAGCAUGGGAAAGGGUCAAGUGUGGAUCAAUGGACAGAGCAUAGGAAGAUACUGGAUGGCGUAUGCAAAAGGCGAUUGCAAUACUUGUAGCUACUCUGGGACAUUCAGGCCCACAAAAUGCCAACUUGGUUGUGACCAACCAACCCAAAGAUGGUAUCAUGUUCCAAGGUCCUGGUUAAAGCCAACACAAAAUUUGUUGGUAGUUUUUGAGGAACUUGGUGGGGAUGUAUCAAAGAUUUCUCUUGUGCGGAGAUCAGUGACACGUGUUUGUGCUGAUACAUCUGAGCACCACCCAACUAUUGAGAAUUUUAGUACUGAGGGCCAUGGUGAACCAAAAAUGCUUCACCAGGCCAAGGUUCACUUGCGCUGUGCAGCAGGAGAGUCCAUAUCAACUAUUAAAUUUGCAAGUUUUGGGACUCCUUCCGGAACUUGUGGAAGUUUCCAAAAGGGAACCUGCCAUGCACCAAACUCUCUUGAAGUUGUAAAAAAGAAAUGCAUGGGGCAGGAGAGUUGCUUGGUUACCAUAUCAAAUACUACCUUUGGGGCGGAUCCAUGUCCUGCCAUGUUGAAGCGAUUAUCAGUGGAAGCUACUUGUUCUUCAGCGAGUACAGGCACCGAAACCAAUUCAAGGAGAUGAGAACACUGUAAAAAGCAGGUAGAAACUUUCUGGUGAAAUUAUCAUAGCCUGCAUAUGACAAGAAGCAAUUAAGCGUGAAAUGAAGAACAAGAAUGGUAAUAUUACAGGAAAAGAACUUUCAAUAUCAUGAUUAAUGCGGGAUUCAACGAGUUACAUAUAGAUAGGGGUAUCUCAUCUAGGCAAUAUUUUUCCUUUUUCUGGAAAAUAUGCUUCUGCAAUUACUUUGUGGUGGAUGGGCAAGGUUCAGUAAGGGAUUGGUGACCAAAAAUUAUUCCUUGUUUUAUGCCAAGCUACAAAUAAUCUGUGAUUCUUUGGCGAUAUAAGAAAUUAUUUAUGGGUAGUAAAAGGUAAUAGUUAAGCACAAUUGGUAUUGAGUAUUAGUAAAAUAUAUGCUUCAAGAGCGAUUAUUGUGUAAAGACACAAGCGCUUCCACUGAAUUGUAAGUUACAUUUCACUUAUUAAUGUAUGAUACUACAUUGCCAUCUUAAA